CUCAUUCUCCGUUUUCUGUCGGGUGGCAACGCUAAGCUAAAGUUGAGGAAGUGUAUCAUCUGUUGUGUACGCAUCUGUUGUAUUUCCUUGUUUUGUUUAUAUUUAUAAAAAUGCUUAAUGCGAAGAUUGGUAAAGUUGGCAAAGUGCUGGUGUGUGGCAUGAAAAAUGUGGGCAAAACAGCACUUAUUGAGCAAUUGGUAUAUGGCAAAAUCAACACCGAAACCGAAUUGCAUCCAACCAUCGAGGAUAUAUAUGUGGCGAGUGUAGACACAGGACGUGGCGGUGCACGGGAAACGUUACGGAUCUACGAUACUGCCGGACUACAAGGCGAACAGGCGGCUCAGCUGCCGCGACAUUAUUUGCAAUUUCCUGACGCAUUUGUGCUCGUCUACGAUCCCACAGAUCCACGCAGCUUGGAUAUGCUGGCGGACAUCAAGACAGACAUCGAUAAGCAUAAGGAAAAGAAAGAAGUGCCCGUCAUUGUAUUGGCAAACGUACGAGCACGCAGCAAAAAGGAUACGCCACCAACAACACCAAUUCCCGUCGAAUCGAUAAUGGACCGGGCAAAUAAUUGGUGUCAACGGGAACGCAUUAAGCAUUAUACUGUCAAUGUUAUGGAACGACCCUCGCUAUAUGAACCCUUCACAGUGCUGUGUGCCCGUCUGCAUCCGCCACAGACAAAGAGCACCUUUCCACAGCUACGCCAGGUGAUGCAGAAUCGUCAGAAGAGCGAGAUUUAAAUCUAUUUAUAAGCAAAUCUAUUUAUAUGUAUGUAUGAGUUACAUACUACACUACACUAUACGAAUUGAAAUUUCAAUUUAUAAUGGAAUGGACGAACAAAAUGACUAAUGUGGAUAUUAUACGAGUAUUAAUCGCC